AUCAUCAACUCACUCUCACACACACUCAAACACCAUCACCCAAACAUCCUCCAAACACAACUUCUACAGCAAUCAUGCAGUUCACCACCAUCAUCACCGCUCUUUUCCUCGCCACCACCGCCGUGGCUUGCCCCAACGGCCCAUACAGGACUGGAUCCAGCUGCGAUCAGACAUGCGCUGGAGCCCAGCGAUGCGGCGACGACAACUACGUCAUCCAAUGCGUCAACAACGUCUGGACCCGAAAGCAGCACUGUGAACACUGCAAGUUCGGUGCCUGCGCUUAAACGCCCGAGUGCUGGAUGGCGGCGGCGGCGGCAGUCAAUAAAUGAACAUUUGCAAGUUUGGCAAUCUGGAAGUCGCAUCGCAUCCAACAUGCGCGGUUCAGUGACGGUUAGGAAAUGUCUAGCUGGUAUUGAACUCUUGUAACACCAUUUGAUUAGAAAGGUCAAUACAUCUUGUUGCCUCAA